AUGAGUGAAGCACAGGCUAUGGAGGGUGAGAUUGCAGCACCGGGGUUGGUGGAUCAGUUUCAGAUUGGAUCAGAUUUCUUGGGGCAAGCUCGCACGGGCUUCGUGACAUGUUACUCUACAGUAGAGUUUGCCUUGGUCUCACAUUUGGCGCAAUCGACUUUACGGCGGCCUGGUGUGCAGAAGGUUGUCCAGAACCCCAAUGUCUCUUCGCAGCAUCAAGGUCGGCCUGCUUCCCGACGGCCUCAACAACACGAUGUGAAAAGGGAGGCUGCGGGGAUGUCGGAUAUCGAGCAGAUUAGCUUGGUAUCAAAAUGA